UGUCUGCUCCUCGGGUCACAGCAGCAGGAGCGCUGUCAGACCUUUGUCAGUGAUCAGGGCUGUCACUUACAGAAGGCACGGUUAUUUCUUUAUUGAUUGCUGUAUAAAUAAAGUUUAUUUGAAGCAGGAAGCAGGGUAAGAUGUGACUCCUCUGGGAGGAUGUGCUGGAUUGCAAUCGCUUUUCCUAAAAUAAAGGUUUGCAUGUGUGACACAGGGAUUGUUGGCGCUGCUCUGAGAGGAAAGAAGAAUUCUUACAGAUGUGAUGUAAGGUCUGAACUCGCUCGAGCCAACAAGGGACAAAUGAAUAUAUUUGUUAGACUUUAGGCAAAACAGGCCCACCUUUCAAAGUGCACAACGAAGCGCCACACCUGUCAGGUUAUUAUACGUAACCUGGGUCUCUGUGGAUGGAGAACUACAGCAAAGCUCGCACUGUGGAGCAGCCGUGCGUCUGUCCGUUCCCCGACCUUGCCCCUGACACGCCGGAGAUCCACGUCAAAGAUGGCAGCAAGAUCCGCAACCUGCUGCGCUACGCUCUGAGCCGCAUGGAGGCCAAAGCCCGAGCGGCUGACGAAAAGGUACGACCUCAACCCGAGGAAGGCGGCGUAGAAGCAGCGCCAGAGGCCUCGGGCCGGCCACUCUGCAGGCAGGUCAUCUUCACCGCGAGCGGGAAGGGCGUCUCCAAAGCCAUCACAUGCGCGGAGAUCGUGAAGCGGCGUGUGAAGGGGCUGCACCAGCUCACCCAGCUCCUGUACGGCACCGUGGAGGAGGUGUGGGAGCCGCUGGAGCCCACCGCCGGCCUCGACAGCCUCACGGUCAGCAGGAACCUGCCUGUCAUCUGGAUCCUCCUCUCCAAAGAUCCACUGGACUCCAACCAGCCGGGGUACCAGGCGCCGGGCCGCUACGACGCCCUGUGGGCACAGGCGGCCAACAGGGAGGAGGGCGGAGGGCUCAGCGGGCAGAGACCUGGACACAGGAGGAAGCGAGGAGGAGGCGGUGGCGGCAGAGGGAAAGGAUCCGGCCGUCAGAGCGGUCGGUCGAGAGAGGCGGCCAAAGGACAGAGUUGAUUCAGAUUUCUGAAGCAGCUGCUUGGAGCUCGGAAACUUUGUCCUCCUGAAAAGUCGUAGCCGGAGACGCAGCUCUCACCACGGCUGCGACCGCGAACGGGGAGUUUGGGUCCGUUUGAAUCUAAGGAGAGCCGGGUUGGUGGAAACUGAACACGUCUGAGAAGAUGACCUCACACCGGAGCUCCCACAGAGUUAAAUCAACUUUUUAAGUUUCAGAGUCCCCGAGUUUAAUUUGUGUGUGAGCUGAUAAGAAAGCGGGACGCGAGUGUUUCUCAGAUGAACUUUGCUGUUUGCAAAAUAAAAACAUGCUUCAAAAACCAGAAAAAACAUCCGUCUGUAAUAAAAGUGACUUUUAUUUUAUUUACAAGAAGAAAAAGUUUCUUUGUGGGUUAUAAAAGUGGUAAAA